CUCAGCUCUUCGCGUUGGACAGCCCUCCCUUCCCGACACGCCUCCAUUUACUACGAAUACUAUUUGGCGCUUCGACUUUGAUGACCACACGGCCUUUUUCUUACGAAUUCAUAGCGUUAUAACGCAGUUUUGCGCGUCCCUGAACAAUUGCUAAGCAAUGGCGGCGAUGCGAGGAUCACGCGUUCCCGUCGGGUCAGCGACGUGGAUCGCGGAUGAGCGAGCUUCUGCUUUGAGCUUUGCUCAGGCCGAGGUUCAGGAGUUUGCCUUUUCUGCUCGUAACGAUAUCGACUGGCUGAACGAACAUAUGGCCGACGUCUUCAAUGAGAACCAAAUUAACGUUGCCGAAAUAUUCAAAACACCCGGGAAACUACGAGGCAAGACCCCUCGAACUGCCCGGAAACUGAACAAUGGAGAGGUUCGCGUUCCCUUAUCGGACGUCUUUUCAUCCGCCUCGAAGGCAGCUCCCACCCCAUUUGCCCAACAGCUUAAUCGGUUGCAAUCACCAAGGCCUCAGGUCUCCGCCUCCAGAACCCCUCUUGCUGCCAGAAAUGCCUCACCAUUGAAACUGCUUCAAUCUCCCCGCCCACAGCCGUCGAAACAUGUCGUGCUCCCAGCGGACUCAGGCUACUACGGAAGCCAAUCACAAGAAGUCAUUGAUGGUGACAUCUCAACGCAGCCCAUGCAGACCUAUAGUCCGUCUCGAUUGGGUCAUGGCGACUACAACGAUGGGAUUCUGGAAGAUGAACCUGUCGUCCAGCAAAGUCCGACCGUCACAAGGACUAUGCAGUCCCCCACUAGGACAUUCCAAACCGCGAGGGAGGAGCAGACGACCCGUGCAGUUCACGGAGCUUCCCAGGAGCCACAUUCAACAACACCCAACACGUCACCGGUCCGAAACCCGUUGCAGGAAAUCCCAACAUAUCCGAUCAUGUCGCCCCAAAAAGCCCGCCCUGGACAUGAUUCUUCCCCCAAGAAAUCGUCGCCUCUUAAGCCCAUUCUCUCACGACCUCAAGAGGAACAGGCACCUGACACUGCGGCAGAAACGCAAGGCGACGACGCAGACGAAGCAAGGUCAAUGUCUGAAGGCUCGAGCCCUAUUCGUCCAGUUGUUCGGAAAAGUAGCCUCAACUUUGCUUCUCUCCCCGCCCGUGAGCCCCUGACUAGUAAGAGGAGUUUGGGACAACGUCAGUCGAGGACCAGCUACGAUAACCGGACCAGCUAUUUCGGGCGACACACUGGAGGGAAGAGCUUGGGCAACGUCAGCCUGCACCCUGAGUCGGACGACGAUGAUGACUUUGAUGAUGCGAUGGACAUUGACGGCAAAGGUUCCGCCGCGCAGGACCCUACCAUUACAGGUGGGUUUGCAGAUACGCACAACAAGGCCUAUACCCAGAGGCUGCAAGACCAAAUCAGUCUGCUUGGGAAGUCACAGCCCAACGCCGGCAGACAGUCCAGGUCUGUCCACAGUUCCACGGCAUCCCAACAGCCCGCUCAGGGCACCGUAUUGCAGUCUGCCCAAGAAGGCGAGCCGUCUCCUGCCCGAUCCCCAGUUCGAUCUCCGAUUCGAUCGCCGAUUCGAUCCCCGGACAAGAUGGACGUGGCCCCUCGGACGCCUGGUGCAUUCCCUGAAGAUGACGAGGAGGGGGAUUGGAUUGCUCCUCCGGCCGUGCCGGAGAAGGAUGUGAUUCGACCCAGUCCGCUGCCUACAUUGGCCAAGAGCUACUCGGCAGACAUCAUGGAGGGUGUACACGGCAUGACCACGGUUGGAGGAGCUGAGUUUGUUUUGCCUAAGCAGCGACAGCUUGACACGCGGCUUCCUUCCCCCCAGCGCCCACAAAUGAUCCCUGACCGGGCGACCGGCACUCCCGGCCAUGGGAAAUCAGCUUCCGUCUCUGUGCUACCCAGCCAGGCAUCGGUCCACCGCGUCGGGACAGAAUCUCCCCAGAAAGGGAUCUCUGUUUCCAACCCGACGCUGGCAUCGGGGUCGGGGGUGGAUCGUCCCGCAACGCCGAAAUCCCCGUCACGUGUUUUCCGCGACAGCCCGCUGAAGCAAGUUAAGAACAAGCUGUCCUCCAUUAUCAAGAGUUCCCGAGGGCUCCUGGCCAGCAGUGCUGCGAUUAGCGCCGAGGGCAAGUCGUCUAUUCUAUCGCCCUCGACGACGCGACUCGCGCAGUUGAUGAAUCCGUCAACGGAUUCGAUCUCAAAGCAGAGUACUCGCCCGGAAUCUUUAUACCCAACUCUAUCUCAACGGAUAGCUCCAGAUGCGCAGACCCUCGCGUCCAUGACUAGUACCGGAAGUCCAACUCGACCCAUUGCCAAACGGACGAGGUCUUCCGCCGAACGAGAAAAGGAGGAGAAACGCAAGGAAAAGGAAGCUCAGAAGGAAGCCCGGUUGAUGGCCGAACAGAUGGGAAAGCUGGAGAAGGUGCGGCAGAAGGAGCGCGAGAAGGCUAGGGAUUUCAGCAAGGAACUGGAGAAGAAAGCCGCAGCCCAGAGGGAGCAGGAGAAGCAGGAAAAGCAGGCACCACCGAUUCAGACUCCUGUUGCGAAAGACAAUCGGGCGUCGAGAAUGAGCCCUCGGAAAGUCAAGGGCCCCGGCGCCGGACCUGCAACGACACACGAGGAUGCGGAUGUGGAGAUGGUAGACGUCCAGUCGUCCAUGCCACCCCCGUCCGUUCCUCGCUCGACAGGCCCCAGCCAGGCCACCCGCGGGCGAGAGGUUCGACGCCCAGUCAAGCCACCGGUCCAGUCUGCCGUCAAGUCGAAGCAAGCGCCCACAGUCAUCCGAGUCAACACGGGGUCACAGCACUCGCAGUUUCACCCGUCCACGAGCGCUCUGUCGUCCAACCUGCAUGACACUCUUGGGCCUGCUCAGCCUCAACAGCAGCUCAAGAGCAAGGCCAGCCAAGCUUCAUUGCACAACAAGCCGUCGCUGCAGAGUCUCAAGAGCUCGGUCUCCUCAUCUGGACGGCCCAAAGCGCUCGAGCUAGCGGCGAAACGAAAAGAGCAGGAAGAGAAGGAAGCGCAACGCAAGCGGGAGGCGAAGAUGGAAAUUGAGAGGAAACGCGCGGCCAUUCAGGAAGAGGAAAAGAAGCAAGAAUUACAGAGGCGCCAGGAAGCAGAGCGGCAAAAGGAGAAGGAGCGAGAGACGGCGGCAGCACAGGCUGAGGCCAGGAAGAAGGCGGCCAUCGAGCGUGCCAAGCAGACAAGGGCGCCUCCUCCUGCGGUACGGUCUCAGCCCAAUGGGCCGCCGGAUUAUGCGUCCACGCAGCAGGACAGAGCGGCCCAACGCGCAGACGGACCUCCUCGCCCGCCCUCUCGCGCGACGAUGACGAACCAGCGGUCUCAGGAGGACGCCGGUCGACCGGUCAAUGCUGUCCUGUCUCACGGCGCCAAGGUCCCACCGAAGAGACCGCUUCCACAGGAAGGUAGCGACCGUUCGUCCCGGAACCCGCAGGCCAGGAAUGGACCCAGUUACCAAGCCAAAGAUGCCAAGCGGCGGCGAACGAGCGACGACUUUCUGGAUGAGCUGGACAUGGAGAGCCAGCCGCCCAAUAUCAAAGGCCCACCCGUACGUCCCUCAGGAGGGCUCAAGAAGGAUGUGCCGUCGAAAGUACCGUUCGGCAGUGGAUACUCUACUAUCCCAUCCCAGAGCUCCUCCCGCGACCUGUUCAAGGCGACGGUCACGGCUCAGCACCACAGCGCGAUCAAGGCUACGCCUCCCGUGGACAUGUCGCAGUUCUCCAAGGGGGCCAUCCCGUUCGCACCGAACCCCAACGGCGGCGGCGGCGGCGGGCCAGCACACAAGACGCCUGCCAGGACGGCGGGCAUGCCCCCGGGCAAGUCGACGGGCAAGACCGGCACCCGGUCGUCGCCCCGGUUCCAGAACGGCGAGUCGAUCGAGCUCCCCGAGAUCCAGACGGACGACGAGGACGAGGACGAGGACGACGCGCCCCUGGGAGCGGCGGCCUGGGCUGAUUCCCCGGAUCUACGGCGGGCACUCAUGCAGCAGGAGACGGUGGACCCGGCGCUGAUUUUCGGGCCGCCGGCGCCGCUGAACAUGGAGGAGGUGUUCAGCAAGAGCAAGGACAGGUGGCACAAGUUCCGGGCGCGCACGUCGAGCGCCAACUGGAGCGGACCCGACCGGCUUACGGAGGAGGAGGUCCAGCGCGAUUUGGCGGCGAGGGACAAGCUGAGGAAGGAAGGCGGGUGGUCUUAUGAGAUGAGCAAGGACUUGGUGUGAUGGGGGGGGGGAGGAUGAAGAACCGCGGGGUUAUCCGUUACUCGGUACUGCUCUGCUUAUGCCCUAUAUUACUUUGGAAAAGGGGGGGAACAAGGGGGAGGGAUUCGGCGUAUCAAGGGUGUUGUAGAGUGACGACCACUCUUAAAGAGAGGAUAUUGCGUUUGCUGCGUGUGUCUUGGUAUUUUCGGUAUCUUGAUUUUUGGAGGCGUUAUGAAAUUAGGGAAACAUUAUGGUGGGUGCUUGACAGGAUGAUGGGCUGUUUGGGGUUACGGAUAAUCAGAACGCAAUAUGAUAUGAUUUUGAUCGGUAUUUUAACAGGAUGA